UGGGCAGUUUGAAAUCGUCUUAAAAAAAAAAACUACUGUAGCAUCAACUCAAUAAAUGGUAGUUUUUAUUUUGAAGAGACUUAGCAGAAGUGUUUGUCAAUGUACUCCCUACCUUGAUGACUGGGAACUAACGGGGGUGUUCAGUUUAAGCAGUGUCGCAGUUACCCAUCGAGCGACUUCCUAAUUCGUUCUCGUCGGCAAGAAGAGAGCAACUAUGGCACAGGCACUCAAAGAAAGGUUUGACAAGUUCCUUCACGAGAAGAACCUGGUGACUGACGUCCUUGCUCGAGUCGAAGCAAAGACUGGGGUUAGCAGGACAUAUGUGGCCUUGGCUCUGAUUGGCAUCAUUGCCGUGUACUUGGUGAUCGGUUACGGAGCCUCCUUGCUGUGCAACCUCAUCGGCUUUCUUUACCCAGCCUACAUAUCCAUCAAGGCCAUAGAAAGUGCAUCCAAAGAAGAUGAUACAAAAUGGCUGACUUACUGGGUGGUGUACGGACUCUUCAGUGUGGCCGAGUUCUUUGCAGACAUCUUUCUCUCCUGGUUUCCAUUUUACUACAUUGGAAAGUGUGCCUUCCUGGUCUGGUGCAUGGCUCCAACUCCUUCUAACGGCUCGGUCCAGAUUUACAAUCGCAUCAUCCGGCCCUUUUUCCUCAAGAAUGAAGCUAAGAUUGAUGAUGCCGUCAAGAACAUAAAGGAUAAGGCAUCUGAAGCUGCUGACAAGUUUAAAGAUGAGGGAAUUUUCACAAAAGUCCAUUUUCAGCUCUAGUAAAGAAAAUGUUUACAAAAACCAAGGACAAAAGGAUCUAGUUUUCCCCAAACAAUCGGAGGAACAAGUGAUGAGGCGAAUAAGGUGCACACAGAUUCAUUUGGGUCAUCCAAACAAUCUGAUGAGCAAAUGACAAAUGGAAUGUGUCAGCACUUUAAAUCUCCCAACACCUCUUCCUGCCCCAUUGGAGCUAUCCACACCUCAGAAUCUCCCCUCUAUGACUACGACAACCAUACAAUCCGCAAUAGAUGUUGGCUCCCGCUCUCCCAGCCUGAAUGCAAUGUUGGGUCUUAUGGAUAGAAUAAAUGACUAUUCUCAACGAUGGAGUCCAGCCCACACCUCGCCAAGAUCUUCUUCCCGACCCCCCUCACCCAAAACCACCGUCCACUAAAAAGUGAAAGGCCCCUCCUCCACGCAUGAAGACUAUCUGUAAAUCUGACUGAUAUUUACCUGGUCUUUUCCAGAAUAACUCAGACCUCUAAGGAGAUCAGGCAUUUUUCAUCCCUAUAUUUACAAGGGAUAGAAAGUUGAUCAGAGAGAUAUGGUACAAAAAAAGUAAAACAUCCAACUUAGUGAGGAUAAAAUGUGAGUCUAUUGAACCAUUGUCUCCAGCUAUCUCUGGGAGACUAGCUCUUUUUCAUAGCAGGUCACAGAGUAACAAAUCAAUGUUGAUUAAUGACAUCAUUACAACCCAUGAUCUGGACUUUUUGUUAUUAAAUGAAACGUGGUUGACAGAAAGUCGCUGUAAUACCAUUUUAAAUGAGGCAACACCAUUAAAUGUUAAUUUUAUGAACAAGUGUCGAACGGGGAAAAAGGUGGUGGUAUUGCUGUUAUUUUUAAAUCAUUAUUUCAAUGUAAAGAAAUUAUACUAUAUUAGGUCUUUUGAAUAUUUGUGACAAUCAAGGUCACAUCUUAGACUGGUCAUCUCUAAGGAAGUUGAAAUUCUAUCGAUUGAUGUUAAGGAUAUGGCUAUUUCUGACCAU